CCCGCUCGCCUCUGAUUGGCUCUUCAGGAGGAGCAGCGUUUCACUUUAAGCUCGUCUUUCUGCGCCAGAGUCAGACCUCAGACCGGGACCAGACUCAGACCUCAGACCGGGACCAGACUCAGACCUCAGACCGGGACCAGACUCAGACCUCAGACCGGGACCAGACUCGGUUUUGUCUCCAGGACGAGUCUGAGUUUAAAUCAACCCGUCGUGAAACCUGGACUAACCCUGGUCUAAACCGGGACUUUCUCUGGACUUUCUGUGGAUUUACGAGCGUCUUUGGUUUUUCAGGAUCACAGAAACUCGAGCUCACGUUUGGAUCAGGAGACCGGAGCAGGUCUGACCCCGAGGGAACAGAGAGAGAGAGAAGACGAGAGCUGCUCCCGCUUCUCCAAACAGAGUCCUCACAAACAUCUGCUCCUCUGGACUCGGGGACUUUUCUGGAUCUCUGAGCUCUUCUUCUUCUUCUUCUUCUUCUUCUUCUUCUCAUGUGGAAUUUGACCUCUGACCUCAAGCCUCAAACGUUUCACUGAAGAAAAGAAAAGAACCGGUGCAAAAUGCCGGUGGAGACUCUGCGUCCUGCCGACAGGUGCCUGGCAGGGGCGCCCUUCAGGAUCCUGCACAAAGGCCCCGACUAUUUCAGACACCAGAGCACGAACCCGACUCGUAAACUGAGCGCCGUGGAGCGACUGGAGGCCGACAAGGCCAAGUACGUCAAGAGCCGACAGGUGGCGCUCAACAGACAGGCGCCAAUCAUCCGAAAGGCCCUGAUGCCCUCCCCGCUCUGCCCCGCCCCCCUCUGCCCCUCACCUGUCUCCUCCGCCCCGGGGCCCCGUGAAGCCUGCGCCCACCGACAGGGACCCAAAGGUUCUUCAGGUUCUUCAGGUUCUUCUGGUCAGAGGGUUCCUCGUCUGGACCUGGACGUUCUCAGUGACCUCAUCAACGUUUGUGACGGCGCCGCAGCCUCUUCGUCCUCCUCGUCUUCGUCGCCCUCGUCUCCUCUGUCCUCGUCCUCGGCCCAGAGCGCGGGGAGCAGUGUCGAGAACCGACCCAGAACCAAAGUCCAACCCAAACCCGACCCCGCCCCCCUCGCCUCCUCCUGCCCAAUCACAGCGCAGCGCCUGCCCCCCCCUCUCCCCGCUCGGCCCCCUCCCGUCCCCGCCCGCCGCGCCCGAGUCCCCGCCCCCCUGUGCCCCGCCCCUCUGUGCCCCGCCCCUCUGUGCCCCGCCCCCCUGUGCCCGGCGUCCGUGCGGCGCGUUGACGUUCGUCCUCAGGCUGAAGGCCGACGCCCCCAGAGGAGGCCCCUCCUCCCCCUGCACCCGCAACACCUCCGUCAGACAGUGAAGGGACAGGCCCCGCCCCUGACCCCGCCCACAGACACAAACACCCAGGCCACGCCCCCCUCCUUAUUGUCCGCACCCGCCUUCCCGCCCCAGAGCCCCCUGCUGUGCCGCACGGGCGCCCCCCCCGCCUCGCCCGCCUUCACCCGCCUCAGCGCCAGCUCCAGAGGCUCCGCCCACAAACGCCCCGCCCUCCACCGCUCCAAGUCAGACCUGAGCGACCGUUUCUCUCGCGCCUCGGCCGACCGCGAGCGCUUCUUCAACUACUGCGGCCUGGACCCGGGCGAGCUGUGCCCGGGCGAGCUGGAGGCGGGCGGCGUGGAGCGCUUCACCCGGGCCAACUCUGACAUCGUCCCGAAGCUCCACAGCGUCAGCACGCCCAGCUCCGAGUACGAGGAGAGAGAGGACGGCGAGGGGGAGGAGCCUAAAGAGCGCACGCCGUACGGGAUCUCUGUGGUCGAGAGGAACGCCAGGGUCAUCAAGUGGCUCUACGGCAUCAGGCGGGCGCGGGAAAACGCCGCCGCCUCCUGACCGACGCCACCGACGACCGACGCCACCGACGCCACCGACGCCACCGACGCCACCGACGCCACCGACGACCGACGCCACCGACGCCACCUCCCGAAUGCUGCGUGACCUUUCACCCCGUGCGGGGCUGUGGUGGGAGGGCAUCAGGUGCAUCAGAUUCCGUCUGAAUCUGAAUUUGAUUUUUUUUUAACUCUGAUGUUUUUAAAAAAUGAUAUAAAAUAAUAAAUAAAUGAAAUUUUGUUUUGCACAAAAUGAAGAAGAAAAAAAUCAAACUCAGGACUGAAGCUCAAACAGGAUCUGUGUCUGUGGACGUAAAGACACUCUGGAACUUUUCUGUUUAGAUUUGGACUCUGCCCUUUGACCCCGUGACCCUUUGACCUGUGGCUGUGUCAGAAAGUUCAUAUUUUUAUAAAUCUGACCUCUGACCUUUGACCUUUACACUGUAAAACCCCGAGUUCCUGCAGCACGAGGCUCCAGACGGAUUUAAAAGUGAUUUAAAUGUUUCAAACAGAUUUAAAUGUAAAUGACUUUUGUAAAUGUAAAUGACGUUUAUUUUAUUAAACUAUUUGUUUUUCCAGAACAAAA